CUCUCUCUGAGCCAGCGGCUGCAGCCGGGCUCUGGUCUCCAGUUUUUGGUACGUUCCGCUGCGUUUACCGCUGCACCUGCACGGCCCCACCCCUUCCCCGUGCGGGCUCGCGCUCCUGUACCCUCCUGGUCUCCGACCCGCAGCAUCCAGUCCUCUUCCCGGUCCGGCCCGCAAGCCGCGGUGCCAGCACCAUGCUCUUCUAUUCCUUUUUCAAGUCCCUUGUGGGCAAGGAUGUGGUCGUGGAACUCAAGAAUGACCUAAGCAUCUGUGGAACCCUCCACUCCGUGGAUCAGUAUCUCAACAUCAAACUAACUGACAUCAGUGUUACAGACCCUGAGAAAUAUCCUCACAUGUUAUCAGUGAAGAACUGCUUCAUACGGGGCUCAGUAGUCCGCUAUGUGCAGUUGCCGGCAGAUGAGGUGGACACACAGUUACUACAGGAUGCAGCAAGAAAGGAAGCCCUGCAGCAGAAACAGUGAUGGCUCCUCCCAUUUCCCCUCCCUCCCAUAUUGGUGGCCCAGAAUCUCAAGUCGCAGCCCUGGACCCUUCUUCCUCAAUACUUGAGGCGUUUUGUUUGUUAAGGGAUGGGGGGAGUAAUAGUGGGGAACAGCUAUCCUCUAUUGAGAAGGGGAGGAUAAGUAGGCUGGGGAACUGCAAAGCCUUUCAGUCUCUAGCAUCUGCCCUCCCCACUCCUUUCCUGGAGAUGCUGGGAGACUUUCCUAGGUCUUUCCAGGACAGCAUGUGAUUAAUGUGGGGGAUGGAAAGAAUCUGUCCCGCAUCGGGAAUAAAAUUGAUGAUGCAUAUUUGA